AUGCAGUCCCACCACCCGCCUCCCCAGAAGACCGCGAUAGCUGCGCCGUGCACGGCACCUUACACCCCCGCCCGCGACCAGACGUCCUCUGCGCGCCCUCAGUGUGCGCCCGCGCCUGCCCUCGUCCAGCAAGUGUCCAUUGCGCCUACCCUCUCACGACGGUUGCGCCUGCCUGUUUGA